AUGGAAAGAUAUAAAAAUUUAGAAAAAAAAGAUAAAAGUAUUUCCGCUAACCAAUAUGAUUACGAUGGAAAUUUGUACAAUGGCAGAGAUCUUAGAACAUUAACCAAAGGAAAUUUUCUAUCAAGAUGUAGAAAUGUGUCAGAUGAAGACAUUGCCUUUAUAAUGCAUGCAUCCACUGAAUAA